CCCCCCCCCCCCCCCCACUCCCCACGUGACGUGUCGCCCUUUCCACCAUCGACACAAGCUGCGAUAAGAGUGUCUCGGCGUCAGGCGCUGGUCUUGGAAUCGUCGACACAGGUUGCUGUCCCCAGAAGAAAUCCUCUUAGCCCAAUAUUGGACCCUUUCUCUGAAACCACACAGGUGGUAAAUCUCGCACAGCAUUAGCAGAGGUGACCUAUAUUCAAGUCUAUAGUCUAGUUCUAUGAUUCAAGAUGGAGUGCGAUAGGAACAACUACCACAGCUCCAUUACUGGGAAGUCGCCAGCAAGCAAACUCCGAGACCAUCCUCAGGCUCUUCCCAGCGAGCAGAUCAGCAACACCGAUGUGACGACUGUUGCUGCAGCCAGUGUUGCUGCUGUUGCUGAUGCAGUCACAGGCAGUGGUGGUGGUGAUCAUGGUCGUCAUGCAGAUGAGGGAGAGGUUGCCAGGACGCUUCUUCGACUGCAUACAAGAAGUUCCUUAGCCAUUGGAAAAUCGGAGGUCUAUCCAGGAAGUCCUCCACCUUUGAUGACGUCCGCCAGCCAAGAAACUGCCAUGCCUACUGCAACUGCAACUCCCAGCGCUUCGCAGCCUGCGCAUGGCAAUAUCAUGUCUGCUCACGCCUCGCCACCAAUAGUACCCAAUGCCCCCACCGCCCAGAAACUCUACGUGGUCAACGCUCCUGGGCAUCAUCAGUACGCUGCACCUGGUCCGGCCCAUGGUGGUUACGUGACCUUCCUAUCCUUUCCGGGGGGCCAACACGGGCAGAUCUCCGUCACUGGUGCUCCAGCUACCGUGCCCCAGCAUGCAUGUCAUGAUUACAGCAGCAGCCGGGCCAUGUACCCAGCGGACCCAGACUGGACACUGGCAGGCAGACCGGCAGCUAUGCAGCAUCCACUUCCCACUGCCCCGUGGACUACCACUGUUGUUUUCCCACGACCUGCACCCAUCACCACCAACAACAGAAGCAAGAACAACAGCAACGGAGAGUAUAGGAGAUCUUCAAAGGCGUCCUGCAAGCAACCUAAGUGCAGGGUUUCUUCCAGACAGAGCAGGGAGCAGCGGAGGAGACUCUCUAGCAGCGACACAAGUGGCUACCAUACUCCAUCAGUCGGCAGUGAAUUUGGCCUGUCCGAGUUUGGUAAGCCUCUCCUGUCACCGCCACUCACAGAGUCUACGCACAGCAAUGUCAGCAUAGACAUCUCGCCUCAGAGUCCAGCCACAUCAAGUUGUGAUGAGGAGCAGAUUGUGGUGGUGGAUGAGGACUUCACUGACGACGAAGAUGAAUCGUUUUGUGCUAGUCCCAAUAGCGAUGAUGUCGUGCAGCAGGAUGGAGUGGGGGACACCAAGAAAUUCAUCUGCAAUGUCUGCUGUGAUGCCUUCUCGUGCAUGUCCGAGUUACGUCUUCACCAUCGCGAGCAGCACGUUCAGAAACGCCCGUUCAAGUGUGAUCUCUGCGACAAGUCCUUCCAACAUCCGUAUAGUCUGCGAGUUCACCGUCGCAGCCAGCACAACGACGUCAGCGCCUGCAGCAUGUUCCCAUGCGAGCACUGCACACGGGAGUUUGCGUCCGCAGCGUCGCUGCGCGUGCACGCGAGAAUGCACACCGGAGAGCGUCCGUACCAGUGUCACACCUGCUUGAAGACGUUCAUGCGCUCUCAUCAGCUGAAGAUGCACGAACGCAUACACACUGGCACCAAGCCACACGCCUGCAAGAUCUGCGGCAAAUCCUUCACCCAGUUCAAAUACUUGAAAGAACACUGCCAACGACAUGCUGGUUACCUGCCACACGAGUGUUCCGUCUGCAAGAAACGGUUCCUCAGACCCAGCCACCUGAAGAAGCAUAUGCGAGUACACAGCGGCGAGUGUGAAGGCAGCGGCAGCAGCAGCAGCUGUCCCAUCAGUACUUGUGUGUUUCAGGCACAGUCCGAUCUUCAGAGGUGAACACGCACCUAGCUUCGCAGUGUUGCCAUUCAUGAAGCGGCACGGCCAGCAGCAGCACAUUGUCAGCAUGGGAAGAAUUUAGGUCUGUCCCACGAACAAGCAUUGUCCCACAGUGGCUCUAGACUGGCUUAUACAGUAGAACCUGUCAAGGCGACCACCUGUCGAAGAAGACCACUGGAACCAGGAUCAAGGGAUGCUAUUUCCAGUCAAUUGACCCUGGAUAAGGAGACCACCUGGUAACAGAGACCACAUCUUGAAGGUCCCUUGAGCGGUCGCCUUAGACAGGUUUCACUGCAUUGGAUUCUAAUGACAGCAACACGUGGCUAUAGUCAGUGAUGAUAACUGAGACUAUUCAUAACAGCUAGACUACAUUGUACAGCUAGACUCCAUUGUUCCAUACCUACCCACCAAACCAAAGGAGAGAAUUUAUUUAGGAAUUAUGAGCUUCUAUUAUCAGUUUACAAAUUUCAAGUAUUUUCAGUCGUAACGACUACUUCACAACGUUACUUACAGUGCAGUUAGGGUCCUAUGUAACCAUGUGACUCCUAACCACUAAAGCACUAGUCGAAAAAUAGCAUUGUUAUACUAUUAGUUAUUUGUCGCUUCCUGUCCGUGUUACGCUGCUGUGCACGGCGAUUGAGCUGAGGACCUACAAAGUACAAGUCUAUUUUUCGCGGAUUCAUGUUCAGCUAUAUAUUUUUAAUAUGAAGCGCUGUGCAUAAUCGAGUUGAAGCCUGACCUGAAUGAACUGCGUGUGCAAAGGCACUAUGAUUGUAUGAUGGUCGAUCUACGUGUCACCUUUUCUUCAUUACACAGUGCUGCCGAAGAAUAAGAUCACUGGUUUCUGUUAUUUGCCAUACCCAUCACACUGCCCUGCUCUGCUGAUGAUAUCACUGUUCAACGGUUAUACCAAUCUUUGAGGGUGCAACAUCACUGCCACUUGCCACUACAUGUACUAAUAUUACACUCAAUAUGUCAACAUCUCUUGGUCCAUGGCAUGCAUCGAAAAUGGAUGUAUACAUGUACACGUGAUGAUGGAACCUGAUGUUGGUCAAAGACCGGAUAGGCCUUGACAGAUUAUGCUAAUAUUUUCGUGAAAUUAUGCUUUUCGCAUUGCUGAAAAAAUUGCAGAAUUAUGCUAUUUUUAUGCUAAAAGUUGGUAUUUUUGGUAAUGAUUUAUUUGAAUUCGGUAUCUCAACAGUACAUUGUACAACUUGGGAAGAUCCGAAUGACAUAGAUACAUAAACAUAAAAGUGGAGUAGGUGCUACAGCUGA